ACGCCAAGGAAACGGUAGAAUUGUCCUCCCUUGUUUUCUUGCUUGACUUUUCCCAACUCCUAUGCGACUUGGUAGUUGGAAUUUGCAUAGAAAUGAUAGAAUGCAUUGGAAAGAGAGGGAGAGAAUAGAAAACUGUAAUUCCCUCCCACCAACUCCAGCAGACAAAAACUAGAAAAAGAACAAAAAACAGAAAUUCUCCUUCUACCAGCUGGGAAUCUUGAUUUGCAAUUUGCAGUUUGUGAUCAAGAAGCUAAGAGAGGAGAAGGAAAGAAGAGAAUGUUUGGGAGGGAGUGCUGCUGUUGCUGGGACAGUCAUAGUUCCCUGUUACCAGUAGAACAACCUCAAACCUUUUCCCUGCCUUCCCCUCUCCCCCAGUGGCCUCAAGGUAAUGGUAAUGAUUUUGCAACUGGAAGAAUAUGCCUAGGGGAAAUUGAAGUAGCUCAAAUCACUCAGUUUGAGAAAAUAUGGAGCUACAGCCCGAUGUUUGAAAAAUCAAACAGUAUUACAUUUUAUCGUCCGGUGGAAAUUCCUGAUGGAUUUUCAGUUCUUGGUCAUUACUGUCAACUCGAUGAUCUUCCCUUGAGAGGCUAUGUUCUGGUUGCUAGAGAUUUGUCUGUUUCAGAUAACUUUGUUCAAGAUUCGGGGCCAGAUCUUCCUGCUCUCGAGAAGCCUCUUGGCUACACUUUGGUCUGGAGUAAAGAUUUUUGUCUUAGCGGGUCUGGUUACAUUUGGCUGCCAAAUGCACCAGACGGUUAUAAACCAAUGGGCUUUGUGGUAACCACUGAGCCUGAUGAACCUGAUCUCGAAGAUGUUAAAUGUGUUCGAGCUGACCUCACUGAUGAUGCUGAAACCUGCGACACAAUCUUUAGUACUGGCUCAAUCUUGUCGAAGACCCAACUUCACGUUUGGACAACAAGACCCUGCGAGAGGGGGCUGUUGUGUAAUGGCGUUUCAGUUGGGACGUUUUUCUGCAGUAGUUCUGGAGAUGACCUUGAUAUAGCCUGUUUGAAAAACCUCGACUCUUCUCAGGCUGCAAUGCCAAACCUGGAGCAGAUUCACGCUCUCAUCAACCACUAUGGCCCAACCGUUUACUUCCAUCCGGAUGAGGUUUAUUUGCCUUCAUCAGUUCCGUGGUUCUUCAAAAACGGUGCUCUUUUAUACAAAUAUGGAAUGAAUGGUGGCAUAGCUGUCGACUCUCUAGGCUCAAAUUUGCCACCAGGGGGGGAAAACGAUGGGGAAUUUUGGCUUGAUUUGCCAGAUGAUGACGAUGAAGCUAAGAAUUAUAUCAAGUGUGGCAAUAUUGACAGUGCUGAACUGUAUGUUCAUGUAAAGCCAGCUUUAGGGGGGACUUUCACCGAUAUUGCAAUGUGGAUCUUUUGCCCCUUCAACGGCCCAGCCACCUUAAAACUAUGGUUGUGGGAUUUCGAAAUGAACAAAGUAGGCGAGCAUGUUGGUGAUUGGGAGCAUUACACUCUACGAAUUAGCAACUUCACCGGAGAACUUUGGUCGGUGUAUUUCUCUGAGCACAGUGGCGGUGAAUGGGUGGAUGCCAGUGACCUGGAGUUUAUCGAGGGAAACAAGUGUAUAGUAUACUCAUCAAGAAAUGGCCACGCGAGCUUCCCUCAUGCUGGCUGUUACCUUCAAGGCUCUUCGGUUCUUGGAAUAGGAGUAAGGAAUGAUUGCGAUACGAGCAAGUAUUACCUGGACUCAAGCACCAAGUAUCAAAUCAUUGCAGCUGAGCACCUCGGAGUGGGAGUCGUUGCAGAACCGCCUUGGUUACAGUACAUGAGGGAGUGGGGCCCUACUAUCGAAUACGAUUCCACAUCUGAGGUGGAUAAGAUAAUCAACCACCUUCCCUUCUUCAUUAGACUUUCAGUGGAGACUCUCUUUGAACUGUUCCCAACUGAACUAUAUGGCGAGGCUGGGCCAACAGGACCAAAAGAGAAGAACAAUUGGUUUGGGGAUGAAAGGUGAAGCAGAUCGCAUUUAAAAGCACCAUGAUUACCAUGAAAGCUGCAGAUUACCUAUUGGUAAUGUGAAAUUGUAAAGAGAACAUUUUUUUGUCAGCUUUCUGUGCUAAUUGUUGUCUGUAUGUAAUGCUUAUAGAAGAUUUGAGUGCAAUGAUAUAGUACUUCUGUUUAGUA